CGUUGCUUGUGCUCGAGACGUCUUCGCGUUCUCGGAUGAUCGGAUCGCGAAACUUGCGAAGAACGAAAAACAGUUCCGAGGAAAGAGUAUAUGCGUCGAUCUUACGAUAACUUAUUUUUUCAUUAAAUUUUUUUAUUGAAAAAAGCUUUUUUCAUUUUUAAACCACGCAUUUAUCUGAUUAAAAAAGCAUUUCCGUGUGAAAAAAAAUGUGUGAUUAAAAAAAAAUAAUAUAUUAUUAACGAGGAAAUCUUGAAUUUGUGCUCUCAGCAUUCACGGAUUGCAAAAUGUUCUUCAUUUUCCGGAAAUGUAGUUUAGAGGAAAUCAUCUGUAGUAUGAUUUUUCUCUCGUGCACUUUGUCGCUCGGUUUUGGUCGAGCGAAUAAUCUUCCUCAAGAAUAUUCCUCUCACCCGCUCUUCAAAAACUCGAGGCGUGCAUACCUGUGCACUCCAGUCGAUGCAACAUCAUCGUCGUCGGAUGCAUUCGGGCCGACUAUCGCGUGCGCGUUGAAAUUUGCAUCAUCGCCGAUGCAAAUAAGCGGUGCCUCCGGAUCGACGAGCCAUUUAUCAUCGCCUACUUACGUCAAAGUAUCGGCGCCUUUGUUGUACAAGCCCUUACCGAGGACGUCUUCCCUGGUGUACGUUGCACCACCCAUCGUCAAAUCUGCAUCGGCUGUUGUAGCCACUGAACCGAAACUGGAAAAUGAGGACAUUCAGCACACGGCGUAUCCCAAAUAUUCCUUUAAUUACGGCGUAGUGGACGGAUAUACCGGCGAUUCCAAAUCAGCAUGGGAAGAACGAGAUGGAGAUACAGUUAAGGGAGAAUAUUCGGUCGUUGAAGCAGAUGGAACUAUUCGUACUGUUUCUUAUACGGCGGAUGAUCGUAAUGGCUUUAAUGCUAUUGUGACUAGAAGCGAACCUCCAAAGAACACAAAAUCUGCAGCAGAAUUAAAAACAUUUAUACCCGGUGUUAUAUUUACAAACGAUAGACAUACAAUAUAAUUUAAUAAUUAAAUAAUAUUAACCUACUGCUACUGGUUUCCUUCCUAUAAAAUAUCAUGUAUUUUUUCUAUGCAAUACAUAUACGUGUUAUUCUUUUAUUUUAGAGUAGCACUUUCAUGCAGUAAAGAUAUAUUUAAUUUAUAUAUCAUCUAAAUUACACGUAUAGUUAAAUUCGAAAGAUUUUAUUACAAUA